AUGAGUGAAUCAGCUGCUACUACUGAUCAAAGUGCAACACGUGUAAAGCUAGUCGUUGUUGGUGAUGGUGCUGUUGGAAAGACAUGUCUGUUGAUCUGUUAUGCACACAAUGAAUUCCCAUCAGACUACGUACCAACGGUGUUUGAGAACUAUACAGCUACUAGAAAGAGAAACAACGAGGAGAUCAAGGUUCACCUUUGGGAUACUGCCGGUCAAGAGGAGUACGACCGUCUCAGACCUCUGUCCUACCCAGGUGCCGAUGUAGUAUUGCUCUGUUUCUCAACCAUCAGCCAGGGUUCUUAUGAAGCCAUCAGAGAUAGAUGGGCACCUGAAGUGAAUCACUAUAUUCCAGACGUUCCACUCAUCCUCGUUGGAACAAAGAUCGACUUGAGAGAGGCUCAGCACCCAGACCCCAACACUGGCAAGUUUGAGCCAGUGACAAUGGACAUGGGCACUUCGAUGGCCAAGCAGAUUGGCGCCGCCUUCUACCUGGAGGUGUCGGCCAAGACACGUGAGGGUCUUGAGGCAGUGUUCAGCACGGCCAUCGAUCAAGUGUUUAAGCAACGUGGCGGUGACACCAAGAGUGAUCAGACCAGCCAGCCAGGUGCUGUUGCAAUCGAGAAGAAAGACAAGAAGAAGAAGAAGCCAUGUAUCAUUUUAUAA